CACGACUUUGCAUCGCCACGCAUUUGCCAUAUACGCAUUGUCACGACCGCUGUGGUACAUAUGGGAUCCAUGAUGCAUAGCUUUCUCGGGUGACGGCCGCGGUAGAGGCUCGUAGGCAGCCGUAAGCCUCCAGAGAGCAUCACCGCUCUCCCUGGCAAAAAUGCGGGGCUCCAGUGCAUUGCUCGCAAGCGCUGCGUUGCGACGCGCCUGGGCGAGGCCGGCGCGACGGCUCGCGACAAAAGACGCGCCGCCGUGGCGAGAUGGUCGAGUAGCAGCGGUCUGUGGCUCCACGUUAACGAUGAUGACGGGACACGGCGUCGCGACGCCGUGCGUGCCGCUGCUCGCGACGACGCUCGGCGCUGGCGCCGCGGAUGUCGGUGCCGCUCUAAGCACAUUCGGACUCGCCCGGCUUGCUUUAAACGUGCCGGUCGGGCUGGCCGCGGAUAGCGUCGGCCGCAAGCCGCUGCUCGUCGGCGGCGCGCUGCUGAAUGCUGCCGGACACGCGGCGUCUGCGCUCGCGCCGGAUGCCACCUCGUUCGCUGCAGCAAGAUUCGUGGCCGGCGCGGGCUCCGCCGCGUAUCUCGGAACCGCGCAAGUCUAUCUCAGCGACGUAGCCAAGCCGUCGCAAAGAGGCCGCGUGCUCGGACUGAACCACGCGGCACUUCUCGUAGGUGUCAGUGUCGGCCCGGUGUUAGGCGGCUUCGGCGCCGAGCUGUCCGUGCGGGCGCCCUUCUACGCGGUGGCCGGCCUCGGUCUCCUUUCAGCGGUGCAUGCGUUCCGCGCUCUGGAGGAGACGAAGCCGGCGACGACGCCACAGAAAAAGGAGCAAAAGGAGACGGGCCGGCUCCGUGACGUUCUCGCGGACGCGCCGUUCGCGUCGGCCGCGCUAGCGCACGCGACGACCUUCGCGCUGCGCCAGGGCGGCCGGAAUCUCCUGCUCGCGCUCGUCGCGAGCCAGACGUUUGGGUACACGCCAUUGCAGCUCGGACAGCUAUUUGGGGCCAUGGCCAUGGCGGAUCUGUUGGGCGUUGGCCCCGCGUCGUGGCUCUCGGACAAGAUCGAUGAUAAACGGUAUGUGGUCUGUGGUUCGCUCGUGGGCUCGGCGGCCGCCGUGCUAGCGGUAGCGUACGUCGCGCUACAAGCGGAGACCUCGGGGCAGCCGGACCAGCUCGCGUUUUUGGGCGCGGUGUCGCUCUGGGCGCUCUCGACCGCCGCCCUCGGGCCGACGCUUCCGGCCUACGCGGCGGACCUCGUUCCUGAGGCAAAGCGCGGCCUCGGGCUCGCCGCGUUUCGCUCAGCUGGCGACGUUGGGUUCGUCGGCGCGCCCCUCGCUCUCGGGCUCCUCGCGGACGCCUUCGGCGCGCCCGCCGCGCUGGCGGGCCUCGCCGGCGCCUCGGUGGCGUCGGCCGGCGCAUUCGCCGUGCUGAACCGACGAUGAUCCAACUAAUGUUAAUACUGUG